UCAACGCAACGGUAAAUUUGCAUAUUUUGSUGAAGUGAAAAAUUCAGUGCGAAAAUUUGUUUUUACAACAAAAGUAAAAUAAACACAGUGCUGUUUUCCGAAAACUUUUUGAAAUUUUGAGAUUAGAAAAAUAAUUGUGUUUACUGUUUUUGAAGUGUUUCAACGCGAAACUSAAAACUACUGCAAUCAUCUCGAUUAACGAUUUUCAGUACUUUCCUGCUUCUGUAAUUUUCGAAAAUCAAACUGCAAUGUAAACAGUCUGCGCCAAAACAUUUGUGCGGCAAUUUUCUAACUUUCAUAAACGUACAUAUUUGAAAACUUAAAUUUUUAUAUUGAAUUUGGUGUGUGYUGUGCUUGUGGAAUAAUACAAAUACUCAUGGUUUAUUAUCAAAAUAUUGACACUGAACUUGUGCAUUUUGACAAACCGAAAAUGGCGCCUUUCUACAAGAAAUUAUGCAGAAGUCUUUCGAAACGCUGCAAACAGCCGUCCUUGAGCUUAGACAGCACCGUGGAAACGUUGCUUAUCAAGAACGAAGGUGAUUUCAUCAGCGUCGAACAGGGUAAAGAGACAUUAACGGCAACUGGUGCAAUGGCAGCCGGCACAGCGGCGCACGCACGCAAACGCAACUCACAACAGUUGCAACAUCCACCACAUCAUCCGGCCGCACAUCAUCAGCACACGACUGCCACGCAGCAGCAACAACAGAAACGCGAUGAAAAUAUGCGACAAUUGUUGGAUGUGACGAAUACGUUGACAUUCGAGGAGUUGCGUGAUUUCGAAAUGCGUUAUGGCUCACCACAUCACAGCCGUUCACAAUCGGUAAAAACACCAGGAAGUCGUGCGUCCGGACGUCCCAAUCAGUUAUGCUUGCCACAACAGCGUUCACGCGUCGCUUCAAUGCCAAAUACUGGCGUCGAGGAGGAGUACUAUAGACUGAGGCAUUUUUCCAUUACCGGCAAAGGUGUAGUGAAUCGCGGUGAUUCGCUCAAGAGUCGACGUAGUCGUUCCAACAACAGCGUAGCCAGCUCCAAUUCGAGCACGGAGCACUUGACUGCCGCCCAAAUACCAGCACCGAAUUCGGCACGCACAUCCGCCACCUGCAGCUUGGCGUCCAGCCGUGAGAGCAGCACUUCAAAUCCAGGCAGUGGUCCAUACAGAGUCCUCAUGCUCGGCGGACCGGCAGUUGGUAAAAGCUCGUUGGUCUCACAGUUUAUGACCUCGGAGUAUUUGCAUGCCUACGACACAAGUAUUGAUUUAAGUCAACCACCUUUUUCCGCAUCUUUAGCAGGCCCAUGCGAGAUACGCAUAGAAAUUGAAAAACCCGCAGACGAUGAUGAAUCUGGUGAAAAGUCUGUCUCAGUAUUACUCAGCGGUGAGGAGUCCGAAUUGAUUUUCAUUGAUCAUGCAUAUACAGAAAUGAAUCCUGAUGAUUGCCUAUCCAGUUAUGAUCCGCACGGUUAUUGUGUCAUUUAUUCGGCUGCUGACCGUAGCAGUUUCACUGUGGCCGAACAUGUACUGCAAGUUUUGUGGACCAAUCAAAAUAUCGCACAAAAGGCUGUCAUUUUGGUGGCGAACAAAGCCGAUUUGGCGCGCAGUCGGCUGGUGACAUCCGAUGAGGGCAAAGCCAUGGCCACCGCCUAUGAUUGCAAAUUCAUCGAAACCUCGGUGGGCAUUAAUCACAAUGUCGAUGAGCUGUUGGUCGGUUUGUUGUCGCAGAUACGUUUGAAAUUGGAAAAUCCGGAAAAAUCAAGGGAUCUAUUCCGUAAACGUUCGAUACGUAAGUCGAAGCGUCGCGCCUGUUCACCGCUCGGUGGCGCCUGUCUCACCGGUGGCACUAACCCCAACACACCGUUGGGACCAAUGAAUAAUGUCAUUUCCGAUGUGAAUACACCGCCUGGCAGUGCACAAAGCAGCCCKCGCAAAUACCGUGGCUCUCGCACAUCGACCAGCCUAAAGGUGAAAGGUCUCUUGGGACGUGUUUGGGCGCGAGACUCCAAAUCGAAGAGUUGCGAGAAUCUGCAUGUUUUGUAAGCASUCAACGCGCCUGUUCUAAUUGUCCGCUCAAACAUGCCGCGCUAAGCGUGAAUGCUGCGUGAAUGUGUUGUUGUUGUCUUUCAAAUGUAUAAAGUUGAAAUAUAGUUGGGUGCGUGCGUCAAGAGCCGGAGGAAUUAAAAAUUACUGGAAAUUUUGGAACAAAAGUAAACAUAAUUAGAUUUUUGCAAGCAGUCGCUAGACACACAUACAUACAUACCCAGCAAAAGUACUGCAAAUUAUAAGAAUUUAAGUGAUAAGUGUGAGAAAAAAGUAAACGGAAACCGUAUGCGAGUAAAUCAUGAAAGAAGUAAGCGUAUGUUUCAUUUUUAAUUUUUUUAUUGGUUUUUUUUUUGUGUAAAUAGUAGUAAUUAUAUACUUAUUGUAAUUAAAUUAAGUAAAUUUUGUAGCAAUUAUCGUAUUAUGUCUGUAUUUUUCACGAGUAGUAUUGAGAAUUGUAACCGAAGAAUGGUAACUACUAAUAAAGUGUUUACACUACACACUAUACACAUACACAUACAUAUAAACAUGCAUACAAACACGACGAAAAAAUGAGUAAUUUAUAUUUU